UGCCUUGGGGAUUAUCUAUAGUCUCAAGUGUGGCCUUUACACACACCCCCCACACAGGCUUAUGUUUAGACUAUACCCUUAUCUUAAUCUCUUGAUUGUUCAGUCUUUCUUCUGGUGAAACUGCAGAACAGUUUUUGGUCACGCAGAAACAUUUUUGUCAGUCAGUUUUUGUCAGUUUUGCCAAAAAAGGACUUAAAUAAUUGUACUGGUUUGAAAUCAGGCUCUUAGAAACAGUGCAGUUAUAAGUCUUUAUUACAGGUAACCUGUGGCUCCGCCCCUUGUUAGUGCACACACCUGUGUUCUCAUGAGAUGCCUCUCUCACAGGUUUCAUCUCAGAGAGUUGUACUUCAGUCCAUUCUGUUUUUUUUUUCUUCUGUGAGCUUGUCUGAGAGUUGUAAGGAGAUAACCGAGCUAGAAACACACACGCAGACACACACACAGGCAAAUUCAGAUGAUGGACUACAUUAAGAACAGGCUUAAAAUCUGCUUUACCAUUCUGCUCUUCGUGGUCUUUAUUGGGCUUCUCUCCAUCAAAGUGUCUGACAUCUCCCAUCUGUCUCACCCAUCCAAACAGUGGCUCAAGAAUGUUGCCCAACAUCUUCACUCUUUUUACAUGCCAAAAAAAACCCAAAGCAACCGCAGUCAAACUUCCACAGAGUCGACCGAUCGGGACACAAUGACGACGACUGUUCCAGUGACAGAAACUUACCACGAAGCAUAUCCACGCAGGUACCAUUUCAUCCUAGAUGAGCCAAAUAUAUGUGAGCAGCAGAAGCCAUUUUUAGUCCUCAUGGUGCCAGUGGCUCCUCAACAACUGGCGGCUCGUAGCGCCAUCCGGAUCACGUGGGGUAACGAGACUGUUGUUCGAGGGAAAAAAAUCACAGUCUUGUUUGUUCUGGGAUUAGGAGGAGAUGCACAGGGGGUGGACCAGCAAGAGCAGUUGAGGUUAGAAAGCCAGCAAUACCACGAUCUUAUACAGAGUGACUUCUUGGACACAUACAGAAACCUGACCAUAAAGACCAUGGUGAUCUUGGACUGGUUAGCCACACGCUGUCCUCGAGCAUCCUAUGCCAUGAAGAUAGACUCGGACAUGUUCCUAAAUCUGGAAAACCUCAUGAGUUUGCUGCUGGCACCGGAGACACCUAAAAAAAACUACAUAACUGGGAUGGUAAUGUGGAACCGACCCGUCAUUCGAGACCCAUCUUCCAAGUGGUAUGUGCCUCAGGACGUGUACCCUCAGGACGUCUACCCUACUUACCUGCUGGGGAUGGGUUAUGUAUUUUCGAAUGAUCUUCCAGAGAAGCUCGUCAGGGUCUCAAAAGACGUACCUCCGUUUAGCAUAGAGGAUGCCUACGUGGGUGCGUGUUUGGAAAAAUUGGGCAUCCCGCCUUCAGAUCCUCCCGACCCUUCCCAAUUCAAGGCUUAUCACGGUGGUGAAUUUAAGCACAGCGAGUUCUCCAGGGUCAUCACAACGAUCCUUGGAUCCCCAAUGCAGCUAGUAUCAUUCUGGCAGAAGCUAAAGAGGCCUACGUGAUCAGGAUUGAGAUGUUUUUAGAUGCCAUGGUUUUAGAGUGCUAUAAAAAUACUUUGUGCAUCCCAGCUUUUAAGCCUUUUGCACAAAGAUGACGUUGUGACUUUAGAACUGUCAAAUGUUUACACAAAACUCAUGUCCUCCGACACCACAAAAACACUGUCGAAAGCACAAAAUUCCAAUUUUCCAAAAAAAUAAUUCUCAUGCCCAUUGUUACAGGGAGAGGCUCUGCUUCUAGCAUGAGCCUGUUCAUCAUAGAUCAGUUACAAACUAUUAGUUUAUAAUUUCUCUACAGGGAAAAUGAACAAGAAUAUUUUUUAUUAGAGAAUUGUGAAGGACUGUAUAUUAACUAUAUUUAUACUUUCAUACCACGUGAGUUAUUAGUAGUAUUAAUGUGCCUCGACAUUCUGAUAAAUCUGAUGUCAUUCUGUUAUUCCUUAGGAAUAAACAUAUUAGAGCUUAAGUGAUGAAUAAUAAUAUUACUUAAAAGAAUAACAGUAAUGACAAUUGUUAUAAGCACCCUUAAUAUAAUAGCAAUACAGAUGAGAUAACUAUAGACUAGUACUUCCAGAUUAGAAAACCAGUUCAGACCAAUGUGUGAUGCAACAUGAAGCAUGACAAAAGCCUGGAAAAACAAUAGGAAACCUCACAUUGAAUGGCUACCUCGCAUUGUCAAACCACGUGGACGCGUCCUUUUGACGUGGUCAUAGACAUGCCUUCCAGUCAGACGAAGCAAGCUUUUAAAAAGGAAUUUGCUCCUUUAUGAAUCUGUUCUUCUUUGUGAAGCUGAUUUCUGCUGAUUAUAAAUCUUUUCUAUUUUUAUAAAAGAGUCUGUUUUCAAUUGCACGUUAGUCGAGAACGAUAACGAACCUCUUUAUUAAAAUGAAAAAAAAAAAAAUUAAUAUAUAAACGGAAGAUUACAUUAUAUAAAAUAUAAUCCAAAUUUAAUUAUUUAUUAAACAUAAAAAAAUGAUUAUAAUGUUAUUUUUUUUAAAUUUAUAGUUAAAAAUCCAGAUUGCAGGUUUGUGUACUGUAUAAUGCGCUCCUUCGUUUCAUGUAAAUCUAAAAUUUUAAAAAUACAUUUUGGUUUUUUUUUUGUUUGUUUUCUUUGCAAAAAUUUGAAACCUUUUCUCUUGUUACCAGGUUGUCAUACAAGACACUUGUUUUUUUUUUCCCUUGGUGUGUAAGAAUGUGUGCUUUAAAUACUUAAAAACAACUUACUUAACAGGUAGUCAAUCGGCCAAGACCUGUCUGAUGAAAUGUUGCACAACAUCUUUUCUUUUAGUAUGCGGCCAGUUCUUCAGACCACGAAAAAUGACUCUUUGAACUUACAUCACAGCCAGAAAACAUGUUAAUGUACAGUACAGUACGCUAAAGAUAACAAGCUAGCAUGUGCAAGGAAGCCCCAACAGGCUGAUGUCCUUAAAUUUGGUAAUACAGACUACCUUUGCAUUAUAAAAAAAGAGGUUUGAAACACAUUUACUGACAUACUGAUAUUACUCAUUGGGUGAAACUGACUUCCAUUUCUUUCAGUUACAUGCCUUGGGUAAAGAAAGUCAUUUCUUACUAAGAUUUUUAAAACAUUGUUGUUCAUCUGCCAUUAUGAACCAAAUCUCACAAAAUAUGCACUUUGCAAAAGAUAUAAAGAUAAGGAUAUAAAGGAUAUAAAGAUAUAAAGAUAUAAAUUUGCAUGUAUUACUUGUUCUGAUAUUUCUUUGACAAAAAAGAUAAUUCCUGAUUGUUUGUUUGAUUGUUUUUUAAAUCUUGGUGCAUCUGAUACUUUAUAAAAUUCUUAAAUGAAUGAAUAAAUAAAUGAACAAAAUAAAUAAGGGGAUAGUAAAAGACUGAAGUAUUUCUAGUCCUGCUUGACGUCUGUUAAUUUUGAGGCCGAAAUUUCAGCCAAAAUGAAUGUGCAUUUUAAUUGUCUUCAUACUGUCUUUAUUCUUAGUGCCUAAAACAUAAUGUUGUACAAUCCAUAUAGCCAUUAUCCCUAAUCAGUCCCUCCAAAAUGAAACAAAAUAAACAUAAAUCAAGCAAAGUGCUCUUACAUUCACGUGUGGACAACGUGAAGACAGCUAAUCAUAGAAAGACAUUACAAAUGUGUCUUCACUUGAAGAUGAUUAGAAUAAGAACCCUGUGCAUAAGAUUUUAUACAUUUUGAUACUGAAUUAUAACAAUAAAAAAUAAAUAAAAAAGAGACAGAAGGACUGACUGAUGAUGUAAACAUAUGUGCUGAAAAAUUAAACGUUUCCUGGAA